CAACACCAUAUUGUUCUCCCUUUCUUCCCCUCUCCCCAGUCAUAUAUACGGAGGUUUGCUGCAGUUCCUGUGUUGGAUACCACGUUCUUACGCUUCCUUCACCCUUGUUCCCCUUUCACGCUUGAAGACGCGACGCCAUGUCCGUAUUAAAGCCGGAGAAGGACUACACCGAAGAUGCUAACAAGCUCAUCCCGGAGGCGGAGAAGCUUGCAAAGACCGAUGUGCAAGGUGCUAUUGACAAGCUUCUGGUAUUGGAGAAGCAAGCAAGACAGGCGUCAGAUCUCGCUACGACAUCCAGAGUUCUCAUUUCCAUUGUCACAAUCAGUAAAAAUGCAGGCGACUGGAAUUUACUCAACGACCAGGUGCUUCUUCUCUCCAAGAAGCAUGCGCAGCUCAAGCAAGCCACCACGAAGAUGGUGCAGUCAGUGAUGGGGUUUCUAGAUGACACGCCCAAUCUAGACGUGAAAAUGUCGGUUAUCGAAACCUUGCGGACAGUGACAGAGGGGAAGAUAUUCGUUGAGGUCGAGAGAGCCCGCGUCACUCGCAUCCUAUCUAAUAUCAAGAAGAGUCAAGGUGAUCUCAAUGCCGCGGCCGACAUUCUCUGCGAACUGCAAGUGGAGACAUUUGGUUCGAUGACCAGAAGGGAGAAGACGGAAUUCAUUCUGGAACAAGUAGCUCUUUGCAUUGAGAGAGGUGACUGGUCGCAGGCUGCUAUCUUGAGCCGCAAGAUCAACAAGCGAUACUUCGCCCGCAAACCGAAGAAGACACCCGAAGAGAUCGAGAAACGGAGAAAGGCAGCUGAGGAGAGAGAGAAGAUCAGAGAACCCGAUGAAGCACCCCUUGAAAUCGACGAUGAUGUGACCGAUCUGAAGUUGCGGUACUACGAACAGCAGAUUACCCUUGCCAAUCAUGAUUACAGAUACCUCGAUGCCUGCAAGUUCUAUCGGGAGGUAUUGGAUACAGAGUCUGUGGAAAACAAUCCAGAGCAGCUCCGAGCUGUACUUGCAAGAGUCGUCUACUACAUCGUGCUGUCUCCGUAUGACAAUGAGCAGUCAGACCUGUUGCACCGCAUCCAGACAGACUCACGGUUGUCGCUGGUGCCCGUUGAGUCACGGCUGUUGAAGCUGUUUACCGUCCAAGAAUUGAUGCGCUGGCCUAUGGUUGCGGAGCAAUUCGGCAAGCACCUUUGCAGCACUGAUAUUUUCGAUGCGGAACCGAACUUGGGCAGAGAUAGCCAGAGCUACAAGAGAUGGCAGGAUCUUCGAAAGCGUGUCAUUGAGCAUAAUGUCCGUGUGGUGGCCAAAUAUUAUACUCGCAUCCAGAUGGGCCGUCUAACACAGCUUCUGGACCUGACCGAGGAGGAGACGGAGAAAUACAUCAGUGAACUGGUGACGUUAAAGACCAUAUACGCCAAGAUUGACCGUCCAGCGCGCCUUGUGAACUUUGCCAAACCUCGUGAUGCUGACGACGUGUUGAACGAGUGGAGCAGCGAUAUGAAGAAUCUUUUGGGGCUCUUGGAGCGUAUUGAUCAUUUGAUUACGAAGGAAGAGAUGAUGGCCCGGAUUCUUCCCACUAGGACUGAGAAGUCCAAGGCCCGUUAAGAUUAUCCCACAUUUGCUACGUCGAUGACAGGCAAUAAUGGAAUGGCACUGAAAGUUUCGCGAAUUGCAGGCGCAUGUAAAAUAAUCGGUGCUAGACCCUUCAAAUGAUCGUCCAACGCAUCCUCGUAAUGGUGUUGCUGAUCAGUGAUAUACGGCGUUUUGGCCUCCAGUGGGUUCCUGCAAUGGUUCGGAUCUUUGUCCAUUAUUUUCUACGUUAAAUUUUCAUUCUAACGGCCUAUAAAGCUGGAAAUUUGUCUAUAGCAUGCGUAGAGGCCCACCCCUAGAAGGGCACAUCCAUGUCAUUCACAUCCUCCUCCACUUCCUUCUUCGCGUCCUCCUUCCGCCCCUCCAACUGCUCCCUUACGAACUUGAUAGCAGCAUCCAAGUAGGCACGCUGACUAGGCAAAAAGUGACCACCAGGAUGAUAGACCACCCUCCCUUCUUCCUGAGGAUUACCAGCACAGGCCUGAAUCAAAGCCCGACUCCGACUAUCAUCGACAACAGAAUCCAACGAACCCAGCACAUGCAACACGGGAGUCUGAAUAGGCGGAUUCUCAUAGAAGGCCCUAUACCUGGGCCCAGGAGCCCGAAAUCCGCAGUAGCAUAUUGCGAACUUCAGAGGACCCUGCCGGGAACGGAGCAUAACUUCCUCGAAGGACUCCGGAAACGGGAUGCCGGGCACGAGGUUGUUGGAAUCGGGGAUAUCGAACCCGGCAGAAGCGACUUUCGUGUCUGAGAAAUGGGUAAAUGAUUCCUUCCGUCCGGGCUCGAGUAGACUGGCUACCAUCGCCGCGAGAGCAGCUCCUUGGCUGAACCCGAUGAUGCCGUCAAAGGGUCCCUCAUUGCGGAUAACAGUAGCCACUGCGUUGAGCCCAUCAUUUAACCCGAUAUACUCUGGCGGAUUCGAGGGGGUUGAUGAGUGACGCCACCACCCAUAUGCCUCGAGUUCUUGUUGUUGGGAACUGCCGCUGCCACCUUCUUGUGUGGUCGACGGAGGCUCGAAGCCUGGGAUAUCGGUGGGGUCGAGACGGAUAGGCGCGGUGGGGUACACGGGAUCGACUUGAUGGAGGGGGAGGGCUUUCUGGAUGUUUUUGAUCAGGGCUCGCGAUUUUGAGUAGAAGACGGAUCCGGAUUGCGUGUAGCCGUGCAGCAUGAGGAUCUUAAGAGGUUGCUUUGGUGCAUUGUUGCCGGUCGUAGUUGCUGGAGCCAUUGUCGCUGCGGUGGUGAAGGAACUGUGCAACGAGAGCGGACGAGUGCAGAACUUGAGGCUGAAACUGAUGAUACCGGAGGCUGGUAGCCUGAUCUUUAUGAGCAUCAGCUGUCGGAAGAAGAGGAGGAGGAGGAGGAGGAGGAGGAGAAGAGACUCUUGUCGGGUGUUUUUCGUCUUCGGGCGUUGAGUCACGAAGAGCUCCA